AUGAGAACCGCGGCGCCAUCGGAUUUCGAAUCCGCCAAGCAAGAUAACGGCCGAGAAGGCACGGGCGAAAGCGGAGCGGCCAACAACACCACCAGCAACAACUACGACGAUUACCACGGAGAACCACCCACAAAGCUACGCAGAACAAACAAGGCUUGUAUUCAAUGUCGCGUCCGAAAACAGCGGUGCGGCGGCCUAUCGCCCGAGACCCCGACCGCUUCUUGUAGUCGAUGUAUACAUCUGGGCGUUGAAUGCUCGUUCACUACUUCGCCUAUCGGGAGUCGUAAUGAUAACGAUGCGCAGGCCACCAAAGUCGCGAAGACGGCGCAUGUGCUGGACAGAUUGCAGAAGCGGGUUGCGGAGCAGGAGGAUCGGUUGAGAAGACUAGAGAGGAUUACGAGUCAUUUGGAUGGUGCAGCAAGUGUAGUUGGCACGCCUGCGAACGAGCGUCGUCAUAGAGCGGGCCUCGAAGGGCCGGUAUUUGAGGGUUCGAGACGAGAGUCGGCGUAUAAGCUUCCGGACCACCAAGUCACUGGGCCUAAUGCGAAAUCGUCCAAUUCGCCAGAAGUGCAGAGUAUUGUGUCUAAUCCAGGAUACGAUGUCUACUCUCCCCGCGCAACAACUCGCACAGCGUACAAUCAUCAUCAUCAUCAUCAUCAUCAUCCAAUUCAAGGCCAUCAUGGAGCCCUCGACGCCGUCCAUCUGGACACACCAAUGUCUACCCUCCGACAUUUACAACAAUACGACUACACUCCCGACCAAACCAAGACCGUAGAUGACCCCGUAUCAUGCGGGCUGAUCACCAUGUCCGAGGCCCAAGAAGCCUUUGAUCUCUUCUUCGCCUCCUGCCACAAUUGGGCUCCCGUGCUAUGUCCACAAACACAAAAAUCAGCGGCUAGCGUGCGUCUGGCAUGUCCGACUCUUUUCACUUCGAUAUGUGCAGUCGCCUUUCGAUUCAUGGAUCCUUUCCCAUCCGCGGGGCUCCAGCAUCGCGAAAUUGUCAAGAUCCUAGAUGUGUCGUUGGGACGGCUUUUACUGAAACCAGAUUUGUCGGAUGUGCAUCUAGGCCAUAUUCAGGCAAUUUUAUUGUAUGUGCAAUGGAUGCCGGUUGACAUGCAAAACGGCGGACUACAGGAUCAUCCGAGAACACGAUAUAACGAUGUCUCGGCCUGGAGCAUGCUUGGUCUAGCCAUUCGCUACGCGCUUUUCCUAGGGUUACAAGAUUCGCCGUCGGCAUUUUUACCGGAACGACAGGCAUCAGCGACCGUUGAAGACCUGGCACGAUUACGUGUAUGGAUCAAUCUACUCACGAACGAUGCGAAUCUGAUGCUGUCAAGCGGAUUACCUGCGAGCCUGAACCCGGAACCCGUAGCUUCGGUCUCACAGACUUUUGCAUCGCAUCGCGACGCUUCUCAGCCCGAGGACAUGCGUGUUGCGGCGUUGUGUGAACUUGUAGUUAUUCUCAAACAUGCCGCGCGCAGUAGUGGUAGUCCCAACGUCCGCGCAUUAGAUGCUUUUAGCCUACGGCGCGCGAAUCUGGAAUUCGAUGCUUGGGAGGUACAUUGGAACCAAGCUCUGGGGCCUGGGCUUAUGCAUAACCAGAUGCCAUUCACGGCACUACGCGCCUAUCGGCUGACUGUCAACAGUUCGUGUCUAUCGACAUUGUUGGCUCGACCCGCGCCUGAGUCAUCGAUAAAUCCCGGCGGUAUUCCGCUACACUCGAUUGAGGCGCUUGACGUGUCUCUUACGGCGGCCUGUCAAACAAUCCUAGCCUUAUCCGAGCAGGUCACCUGGGAGACAUGGAGCACACAUUCUUCCAUCUCAUCGAUCCCACCCGGACCACUAGCCGCCAAUCGUACCGCAGUUGAGCGUAUAAGCUUCUCCGUCGACUCGUCGUGGGUAAGCCACAGCUUCGCCGCCAUCUUCCUAGUCCUCUGCUUCGCCCGCGGCGCCAUAGACGACGACCUGAACAUUCUCGCGCUCGCGGGAUCCUCAUCCACACUCACAUCAUCGCGCUACCCAACCCGCCCUCGACCCGAAAGUCUUCUUUCACGCUUGAUUGCUCUCGCAGCAGAGAUAUUCAACAUCAUCUGCACAAGAUACCCGCUAGAGCAUCCCGCGACGGGGUAUCAAACGCUUCUAGACGCGGUGUUUUCGCCGCUACUAGACGAUGGUAAUGGGAAAGAAUUUCAGGGUAUAGAGUUGCAAGCGCAGGGGAUUGAGGUGUAUCUAGACGAGUUUUUUGAGUCGAUGGUUAAUAAUCCUGUAUUUGGGUAUCGGGCUGGUCGGACGUAG